CUCAUAAGCGCACAACAUCAGAUAACAUCGAUCUUUACUUUCAACUCUACUCUUGAUCGAUCUGUUAUUUUCAUCGAGAUUCUUUUAUAAUCGUACCAAAUAUCGGUAGUCAUGAGCGCUCGCCAGUCGUUUGUUCCCCGUUCAGCUUCUCGUGCUUCUAGCCAUGCAGACACUGAACACCCGUUUGAUAUGCCGCUCCGUAACCAGGGUUCCAUAGGCCAGUCCCAACGCAGUAGCGGCCUCCAGCAUGAAGUCAAUUCAACGCAACACAAAGCAGACUCAGAGAAGAGGCCUCGCUUUGCAGGGAUGUUAGGGAAGCACAAACACGCUGGCAAGCCUAGCACCGGGGACCAUCAAGCGGCCAUGGACACGUCGUUCUCUAGCGCGUCAGCGCGUUUCAGCGGCAUUCUUCGCCCUGAUAUGCAACCUCUAGCCCCUCCACACAGGUCCGACUCUCCAUUCCGUGGCAAAGGCUCGUCUUUUGUUCCAACAUCCAAUCCAGGGCCAUUAUUUGCUCGACCCACGUCCCCUAUGCCCAAAUCUGCGUCCCAAAGAGCAGAUUUGACCAUUUCUGGCCUCAAAGACGCGCAUAUAUCCACUGGAGGUGUUGUCUCAGGGUUUAUCUCUACCUCUCGUGUCAUUGCAGCGCCUGUCCCGAGCUAUGGGUCUCUUCACGACGAUGGCGAACACACAUUCAGCUCCAACAAAUCUUCUGUAGCCAGAUCGCAACCCGCACAACUCCUCGAGAGAAUCCAUGAAGAUGUCGAGCCAGAGAUAGCAAACGAGGGCGAAGCACUGCUUGAUUCGCGCAGGACAAACGUCGCUGCUCAUCCCGCGUUGCGCAGGGUGAAGCGCACCAUCCAAGGUGCUCAGGAGGAUGAGAGCGAUUUCUCGCUCCCUGAUGAGAUUGAAUAUAUGCGCAGAGCCAAACGUGCCAGGAUGGACGAAUUCCCCCAUCAAUUGCCAGACGUUCGCCUCGAUGACGGUAGCCAAUCCGGCGUCGACCAUUCUCAUAAUGAACUGCAGCCUGACGUUGACGCCGAUACCGUUCGUCAAUCUUCCCCUCCCACGGGCCAGUCAGGCUCGGGCGCCGCGGAGGAACUCUCUCUUCAAGACAUGUUCGCGAACAUGGAUACGUUCCUGAAUGUGGAAACUUUCAUGGGGCUCGUUCAGAAGUGGUCGACAUGCUCCAGGGAAGAGUGGCUCCAAGGCUCUGAAGAAAUAGUCGACCAGUUCAAAGAUAUCAUAGAUUGGGUCAAGGAGAACCUCACAGCUAAUGUUACUCUUUACUCCCGUCUGGAUGACCAAGUGCGCGAUCGCCGUGAGGAACAGGCUCAACUCACCGAGCAUUUAAGGCGAGGGCUGGGAUCGGCGAGGACAGAUCUGAUCGCCAUUUGCCGGGGGAAGUAAUUCGAAGCUGUUAAUGCUGCGGUGAGAUGCUUGUACGACGUGCCUUUUCGCCUCCUAUGCGAAACAGAAUGAACUUCAUAUGCGAUCAUGCAUGCGCUUCGUAAAACUCAGCGAUUCUAGUUUUCAAUGUUAAUUUGCAAAAUCGCAACCCUAUUUUUUUCCUUAGAUGCAGCAUGAAGUGAAC